AUGAAGGGAGGUCUUCGACAUCGUCUGCGUCGCUGGUACCGCGAGAAGCGCACCACGUUCUCAUCGAGCUCCAAGACCACGUCCAGCUCAGAGAUGCAUUCAGCAUCGCCCAACGACGCGCCCCGAUGUGAGCCAGCAGAUCCUACCCUCGCCAACAGCGCAACCCUUCUCCUCCGGUUGCCCGGCGAGCUACGCAACCGUAUAUACGAGUACGCGCUUCAGACCGACAACGACUUGCAGUUCACCUUCCAUGGGAUCAAGCACUCAUGCUUCGUCGGACUCGGCGCAUGGGACUGCUACGAGGACCUCAACCAGCUGAAAUUGACCUGUCGCCAACUAUACAAAGAGACCGCAGGGCUGGAGGCCCAAGUUAACCGAGUGCACUUCGUUAGCCACUGGAGUCAUCGUGACCUCGGGCCUGGAGAACAAUUCCUGACGUUCAUCCAACACUCCGCAGCGAAUAAACGGGGACAGUUCCGUAACAUUACACUUUGGGUGGACCAGUUCCCAUACCAACAAUCGCUUGAACGCCGAGGUAUCCUGUUGGAGCUAGCCGAAUACUGCCGGCAGCAUCCUCAUGUCAACAUCCGCUAUGUCGUCUCGGACCUGGACAAAGUCGGGUUUUGGAUAGAUGUUGUUUCACGUGGCUUGUAUCUAAGCUCAGUAAUAUGCAGAGAGGAUCGGCGUUCGGUCGCAACUAUGGCGUGCAACCGCGUGCUCGAUGAUAUGGAGGGUGAAGACUGGCUCGAGGACGCAGAUGCCGUUGCGGCAUUCCGCGUAUCCAACCUACAGUUUUGGUUAACCACGAUGGAUUUCACGGGCUCUGAGUCUUUCCAGCGAGAACUCGAGACCGUACCCUGGCUCGAUGCUGAUGUAUUCCUUGAGGUAGCGGGGAGGUUGAUCGACGAAGUAAGCUGA